AUGUCUACCGCUAUCACGUCCUUAACUCCCUCGCAGGUCAACGAUGAACUUAACAAGAUGCAAGCCUUCAUCAAGAAGGAGGCCGAGGAGAAAUCCAAGGAGAUCAUGUUGAAGGCUGACCAAGAGUAUGAGAUCGAGAAGACUGCGCUGGUGCGCAACGAGACUAGCAACAUCGACGCGGCCAUGGAAGAGAAAACCAAAAAGGCCACCUUGAAGCAACAGAUCACCAAGUCUACUAUCGCAAAUAAGAUGCGUCUCAAGGUCCUGUCGACCAGAGAGCAGAUGCUGGAUGAUAUCUUUGAGUCUGCAAAGGCUGAACUCAAGAAGUUGUCUUCUGACAAGAAAAAGUACGAGUCUGUGCUGAAGUCCGCAAUUCUCGAGUCCCUUCUAAGGCUUCUGGAGCCCAGUGUCGUGGUAAAGGUGAGAGAGCAAGACAAGCAGCUCGUCAACUCUUUCAAAGAAGCUGUUUUGAAAGAAUACAAAGCCAAAAGUGGCAGAGAGGCCUCUUUGACCGUUUCUUCGGAGUACUUGAGCAAGGACUCCGCCGGCGGUGUCAUAGCCUCCGAUGAAUCCGGGAAAAUCGUUGUCGACAACACCCUAGAAGAAAGACUAGAAAUUUUGAACCAAGAAGCCUUACCUGCCUUGAGACUAGAGCUCUUUGGUAUUUCUGAAUCCAGAAAGUUUUUCGACUGA